GAAACACUUUUAGAACUUUGAUACAGUGUAUGUUUCAAUGUGUUACAAUAUUUCCAGGGAAAAAUUUAUUUGAUUGUGCAACUUGACAUCGAUGCUUGGAAUUUAAUCCAGUUAGAAGUGAGAAAUCGUGGGUGGAACUGUGAAAGCUUUCUCAGUGGAUUAUAGAACAAACAGAUUGAGACUGUGUAACCAUUCCAUUGACACGAGGACCGAGCAGGUCAACACAUACAUUCCACAAUUAGGCAAUAGUUUUAACAGUGCCUCCUUCAGGGCCUACUUUUUUAUGUGAAAUUUGGAACAGUCACCCUCGUUGACAAGAUUUUGUUUUUUUAUUGAUAUUUGAGUAAAAUUUUAGUGUAUUAGUGAACCUCUGUACAAGGGAUAUAAAAUUCACUUUGCCAAACUACAGAGGAUAUAUUCUGAGUAACCACCAGACCUUUGAGCAUUCUGUAGGUGAAGGUUGAUGUGACGAAGGAUAAUUUACAGGUGCGAAAUGCAAGCAUCCAUCUAGCAGUAGCAGAUUCAGCGUAGAACCAUGUCCAAGUCAUUGUCGGUGACGUGGGCAUUUUGUGGGCUGCUGGCAGCCAUCCUCGUCACCACAUCACACACACAAGAUCAUGCUGCACCACGUAUUACAAACGCUCCGAAGAACAUGAAGGUUGCGGAGAAUCAGAUCGUGAUUUUUUUCUGCAAGGCCUCUGGUCACCCAGCCCCUGCAUUUCACUGGGAGAAGGAGGGAAAAUCCAUCAACCCGAUGAGUCGCCGCAGAUAUGACGUAUUCUCCAUGCCAUAUGGCACUGUUCUACGGGUCGCCAUUGCAAAAUCAAAACGAGAUGAUACAUAUUUCACCUGCGUUGCCAAAAAUAGCAUCGGGGAGGCUCGGGCAAAUGCAUCAUUAGAAGUUUAUCCUGUCGACAGUAAUUUAGAAUCGUUUUCACUGUUUGAUGACGCAAAAGAAGUGGAUGAAAUUUAUGAAGGCAUUCCCCAAGGGUACCCUCGUAUUGACACGAACCCCCAGCUCAAGAACGUGGAGAAGGGCCAGCCGGUCACAUUGUUGUGUGGUGCAAGCGCAGAGGGUAUGGAGCGACCCAACACUUACUGGCUUAAAGACCACUUGCCGGUCGACAUCUCCGACCCCAGGAUCAGGAUCAAUUCUGAAGGAGAUGGGUCGCUGACCAUUGAUAACACUCUGGAAGUGGACGUGGGGAAGUACGAAUGUGUGGCAGAGAAUGAAGUUGGGGUUGCAUACUCCGCCCCAGCUAUGGUCUAUGUGAAAGUGCGUCGUGUGCCACCACAUUUCUCUGUCGCGCCGCCGGACGAGUAUGAGGUGGAACCCAACGCCACCUUCUCCAUCGACUGUGUGGCCGUAGGAUCGCCGAUGCCUGUGGUCAGGUGGCGCAAAGGUUUCGUCGUACUUAAUCGUGAUGAUGAAGCCCCGCAUGGGAAAAAUUCCCUAAAUAUCAGUGGAAUACGAGAGUCGACUAACUUCACAUGCGUUGCACAGUCAGAACUUGGCAAUAUUGAGAAGGACGUGCACGUCAAGGUGAAAGCUCUGCCCAACCCACCCGUCAAACUCAUGGUCUCGGAAAUCACACCCUCUUCAAUGAAGCUCUCCUGGAAAUCAGGAAACCCCGACGAUCUUGCCUAUAUCAUACAGUAUAAGGCAAAGCAGGACACUGGGGAGUUCAGAGAAAUAACGGGAAUUAACAAAACUGAGUACAAAAUAGAAAAGAUGCAAGCGUAUCAGCAUUAUGAGUUACGUGUGAUAGCUGUUACAAAAAUAGGCCGCAGUCCAGCAAGUGCCUCUGUUGAAGUUGUUACUGGCGAACUAGCGCCAGGAUCUGCACCCAGAAAUGUAAAAGCCCGCCCCCACAGCCCCCAGACCAUCCUUAUUGACUGGGAGGAACCUGAAAUCCCAAAUGGUGUCAUUCAGGGCUACAAAGUGUUCUACACUACAAACCCUGACCUACCCAUUGUCCUAUGGCACAACCAGGAGGUUACUGGGGACAGCAAGAUGGCUACCAUCAGUGGUCUCCAGCCAGAUGCUACCUACACCAUCUGUGUGCUGGCAUACUCUAGUAUGGGCCAAGGACCACUGUCCAUCCCCUCACAAGUGAUGACAACACAAGGAGUUCCACUUCAACCAAGGAAUCUGCAAGCGAAGGCCAUAUCUCCAAAUGAGAUCGAAAUAAUGUGGAGCGCCCCAGAAGAUGUUGACAAGAUCAUCAGCUACACACUGUACUACAACAACUCAGACAAGAGUCUGAUUGGCUCCCAUACCAUUUACCCUCCAACUACGAAAUACAAGCUCUCCGAAUUGACACCAGACACAGUAUACAACAUUCAGCUGGCAGGUCGGAGUGUCAAGGGGGAGGGGGCUAGAACCAUUCUUGUGCAAGAGAAGACGCCAGAAUUCACCCCUGGUGCGCCGCCGCAAGCUGUAAGCGGGCGCCCUCUUAGUCACAGCUCAGUUUUGCUUGAGUGGAAACCACCGCCGUCAGACAAACAAAAUGGAAACAUUCUGGGAUACAAGGUGCUCUAUGUCGUAAACGAGGAUGGAAAAACUGAGGCUGAUGCUCAGAGCGUAGAAGUAACAAAAACUGAAGCAGUACUGGAGAAGCUGCACACAUACACUGAGUAUAAGUUCUGGGUGCUAGCCUACACAGCUGCGGGCGAUAGCCCAAUGAGCCCGCCAGUGCGUGUUGUAACACACGAGUCGGUACCGAAUGAGCCCAAGAAGGUCAAUGUGCAAGAAAUAAACUCUACAACAAUUUAUGUUGAUUGGCGACCCCCUCGUGCUAAGGACCGUAAUGGAAUUAUCCGUGGUUACUAUGUAUACUACACUGUUAUUGAUGACAAUGGUGACCCGAUCCGAGGCCAGGAGCAACUAGUAGACACUGUUGACGGAAACAAGAAUGAGAUGGUAAUAACUGGCCUACGACCUGCGACAAGGUACCAGGUGUCCGUAGCGGCAUACACAAGGAAGGGGGAUGGAGUGAGGAGCAGGCCCAAGAUCGUCAGCACCAAGGGAGCAGUGCCAUCUGAGCCUCGUCACCUGGUGGCAGAACUGGUUCAGCAGGACCCGCCUAUUGCCCAGGUGUCGUGGUACAAGCCUGAUCUGCCCAACGGGGAAAUCCAGGCUUACAAGCUGUACUGGGGACUCAAGGGCGAGCUUUACACACAGCAUAUCCUUAAAGCUCACCAGCAGUCAUUCUUCACACCUCCUAUAGAGCGUGGUCAGACGUAUGAGUUUCGAGUGCUGGCCAAGAACGAUAUCGACUACGGAGAGCGUGCAGUGGUAGAACUAGUAACGCCUGACGGAGUACCCCAAGGUGCUCCCCAGAAUUUCUCUGCUGUAGGCCUCACGGAAACUGCUGUACGCCUUGCUUGGGAUCUUCCCGCCAAAAAACUAAGAAACGGGCAAAUUACCAUGUAUCAGUUGAUAUUCUAUCAGUUGGUAGAUUCCAUUAAUGUUGAAGAACUAAACAUUUCUGCUGAUAGUACUCAAAAAGAUAUAGAAAAUCUGGCCACAAAUACAGAUUACGUAUUCCAAAUCAAGGCGUACACAGAAAAAGGGGCGGGGCCCUGGAGUUCACGACUACAGUUUAGGACAUUUGGAAAACAGCCCCCGGUCCCAGAGAACCUGAAGGUGCAGCGGACAUCACCCACGACAAUCCUCGUUACUUGGGACGAACCACUGCAGAACAACAUCAUUGAGAUGUAUAGAGUCCAUUAUAAUGAUUACGAGAUAGAGGACAUUACAAUGUGGCUUAGUGUCGACACUGACGGUCCUGCUACUGUUGUACAGCUCACAAAUCUCGAGCCACAUAAACCAUAUAUUGUGCGCGUUCGUGCUAAGUCUAUACAUAACCGCUGGAGUAACCUUACCGAUGCAAAGACUGUCAACUUCCUGAACUCUGACUUCAAGGAUGCAGUGAACAACUUCCAGGCGUCCGGCCGCGGCUCGCGACAGCUGACUCUGUCCUGGGAAAAACCCAUGAAGAAUGACGUCUCCAAUUAUCAGAUUGAAUACCAAGGAGAGAAGCAGUACAUUGAAAAUGGCGAGAUCCAGACACGGCGCCAACCGCCGAAAACCAUAUCGGUGCAAGGAAAACAAGAUGGCGUGGUUAUCGACCGAUUGGAACCAAAGAUGCGUUACCAGUUCACCAUUACGCCUGUGUUCCAGGAUGGUUCCCAGGGUGAGCGGAGAACUAUGAUGGAGCAGACUCGCAUCGAAGCCCCAGAGAAGGUGGAACCGCCUACUGCGAAUGGUGUGCGGGCUGGGAAAGUAACAGUGCAGCUGGCUCCAGCAUCGGAGAUCGACGGGCCACUCAGUCACUAUGACCUGGUUGUUGUGCCUAUAGAACUAUCACAGAGACGCACUCAGGACUUCACCUUGAAGGAACUCGAGGAGAAUGAGGACAUCUACCCACCAACCCAACCAGGCAGCAAGCCAUACAUCACAGCACGGUUUAUCCCUCGUCGACUCCCAGGUCAGUUUGUUCUGGGAACCGGGCAGCAGGAAAUGUCCUUCCACAACCGACCCCUUGACCCAGACACAAAAUACAAGGUUUUCCUGAGGGCAUACACUGUCAAAAAGAACCUGUUCAUGUCCAGCGAGUACUCAUCCGAUAUUGAGGUUAAGCGUAACAACCCACAGGACCCUCAGUAUGAAUACCCAGACCAAGAUAUUCUCGACAAUGGCGAUGCUGAUGAGGCAGUGGGUACAGUUGCUACCAAGGAUCGGGAAAACUUCCUCUUUGUUCUUUUUGGCUGUAUUGCCGGCGGAGCUCUGCUGAUUGUGAUUGGAUGUGUAGUGUUUUGUGUGGUUGUCAGGAAAAAGUCCACAAGGAAAGAGAAGGUACCAGAGCAGACAACAAAGUUAAUAGUGGAUAACAUUCCACCCCAUCCCACUGACCCGGUAGAGAUGAGACGUCAACACUACCAGACCCCGGCCAUGAUUUCGCAUCCACCAAUACCCAUACACAUGCUGGCGGAACACAUCGAGUCCCUUAAGGCUGCAGACAACCUGAAAUUCUCCCAGGAGUAUGAGUCUAUUGAGCCAGGGCAGCAGUUUACAUGGGAUAAUUCCAACCUGGAGUAUAACAAACCCAAGAAUCGCUACGCUAACGUGAUUGCAUAUGAUCACUCCAGGGUCAUACUUCAGCCCAUCGACAGCAUAGCAGGCAGCGACUACAUAAAUUCCAACUACAUGGAUGGGUACAGAAAACAGAAUGCAUACAUUGCUACACAGGGUCCGCUUCCCGAGACAUUUGGGGAUUUCUGGCGUAUGGUGUGGGAGCAGCGAUGUGCGACCAUUGUCAUGAUGACAAAGCUGGAAGAGCGGUCGCGCAUCAAGUGUGACCAGUACUGGCCAGGUCGGGGGGCUGAGACGUACGGACUGAUGCACGUGUUACUCGUAGACGUCACAGAACUGGCCACAUACACCAUACGCACCUUCCAUCUGCAGAGGUAUGGUGUGCCAGAGAAGCGGGAGGUCCGUCAGUUCCAGUUCACUGCCUGGCCCGACCAUGGUGUGCCCGACCACCCGACACCUCUACUCAUGUUCAUGAGACGUGUCAAAUCUGUGAACCCACCAGAUGCCGGACCCAUUAUCUGCCACUGCAGUGCUGGAGUAGGACGGACAGGUGCUUUCAUCGUCAUAGAUGCUAUGUUGGAGAGAAUAAAGCAUGAGAAGACGGUGGAUAUCUAUGGUCAUGUGACAUGCCUGCGUGCCCAGCGUAACUACAUGGUACAGACUGAGGACCAGUACAUCUUCAUUCAUGAUGCCCUGCUCGAGGCUGUCACGUGUGGGAAUACGGAGGUGCCUGCACGCUCCCUCUCCCCACACAUACAAAAACUGAUGCAGCCCGACCCGGGUGAGACUGUCACAGGCAUGGAGCUAGAGUUCAAGAGGUUAGCGAACAUGAAGGCGAGUCCCAACCGAUUUGUGAGCGCCAACCUGCCAGUGAACAAGUUCAAGAACAGACUAGUCAACAUUCUUCCCUAUGAAUCAACGCGUGUGGCCCUCCAGCCAAUCCGUGGAGUGGAUGGGUCCGACUACAUCAACGCCAGCUUCAUCAAUGGGGCAGUCAGCAGUAGUUUGGGUAUGGGCAAUGGGCUGUGUAUGGUCCAUUCUACCCACGAAUCACCCCUGGAAACUACACUGAAUCAAGGUUACCGCUACCGGAGAGCGUAUGUAGCGACACAAGGCCCACUGGCAGACACAACGGAGGACUUCUGGAGGAUGCUGUGGGAACACAACUCCACCAUCAUUGUCAUGUUGACCAAACUACGCGAAAUGGGACGGGAAAAAUGUCACCAGUACUGGCCGAGCGAGCGGUCUGCCAGAUACCAGUAUUUUGUGGUCGAUCCGAUGGCCGAGUACAACAUGCCCCAGUACAUACUGCGAGAGUUCAAGGUCACUGACGCAAGGGAUGGUCAGUCACGCACAAUCCGUCAGUUCCAGUUCACAGACUGGCCUGAGCAGGGUGUGCCCAAGUCUGGCGAAGGAUUUAUUGACUUCAUUGGUCAGGUCCAUAAAACCAAGGAACAGUUCGGCCAGGAGGGACCAAUCACUGUACACUGCAGUGCUGGAGUUGGUCGCACGGGCGUGUUUAUCACAUUAAGUAUCGUGCUGGAGAGGAUGCGUUACGAAGGUGUCGUGGACAUGUUCCAGACGGUGAAAAUGCUCAGAACACAGAGACCAGCCAUGGUGCAAACAGAGGACCAGUACCAGUUCUGCUACCGAGCCGCACUCGAAUACCUGGGCUCAUUUGACCACUAUGCAAACUGACUGGCGGUACUGCAGGAGCGUCAAUCUGCCAUCACCAGCCCACCCAGCCCCACCUCCCCAACCCAGGGCCAUAUGAUGGGCCUUAGCACAUCCCAGAGUCUUACCAUAGGUGCUGGUCCUGCCCCAAGGGCAGUUAGUGCCGGGGACACCAGCACCGCAUCCCUUGUACGCCGAUCCAAGCCACGCUCACAGAGAAACAGUGAAGUCGCUCUCUAAAACUUACUGUUAAAAGAACAAUUAUUGAGUGUCAAAAUGUUUUCUGCUCUGAAAAUGUGGCAACAUAUAAACAGUGUGCUCUAAAAUUCAUAGACCUAAGUUGUACAAAUAUGGCAACAGUGUUUUUUAGUAAGGGAUGCUAUGUUGGUGGGGCAAUGGGCUAUAAACAUUUGAAAUAAUUCUCGUGUGUAUUUAUUGUGUAUAAAUAGCUAAAUGGACCCAGCAAGUAUGGGACAAGAUGUGCAUAAUUCUUGGCUAGGCCGUGUAGCCGUGUGGUAGGCUAGCAAAGGUUAGGCAACUCAUCAUGAUGGCAGAUUCUUUUCUUUGCGAGUGUUACCUCCCUCCUGUGGGGUGGUGAGAUGAAAUAAGGCGUUUCCUGCAGAUUUUACUUCUAUAUAACAUGACAUUACUCGUGUUAAACACGACUUACUUUAUAAAUUCUUGACUGUGCGACUACUUCAACUGGAGGAGACUUACAUAGUAAGGCAAUUACUUGUGCUAUGUUUGGAAUUGAUGGCAAUGUGAUGGCAUUAUGUGUUAGAGUAGUGUUGCACAUUAAUGACUCUCCAUCUGUAUCAUGGUGUUGUCACAUGUUUUUGACUUUCUAAGAGUUUCAGAUAUUGUCAAAAUCAGAACAAAUGGUGCAAUGUUAGAAAAACUACAUUUAGAACAAAUGAGCUGUAAUUGUGUUCCCUUGCUGAGUGACAAACAUGUAGCCAGCCAGUGAUGUAUGUACAUAUAAUGAUUUGUUCACUAUUAUCUUCUCCCCAGUCUAUAAAAGCUUUAUGAAAACAGGUUCUUGUGAAACAAUCCCACCUGAUUCUCGUGAUGUUCACUAAAAUGUUUACAAUCAAGUAAAAAUAAGAUUAUCGUUGACUGCCAUGUUAAUGUGUCAAAUAUUUUGUGGAAGUGAAUACUUGUAGAAUACAGUGGAAAACAAUACAGAAACCUUCACUAGCAAGAAAUACUGUGCAUCAUUUAACAAUAACAAGUUGUCAUAUUCCUUUUUUAUAUGGAUUAAAAAAAGUGUUAUGCUUGUUUGCAUUAUCUGGAGUUAAAAUGAAAAUAAUUACAAGGAAAUAGAACAAACAGUGGAAUAUGUUUCAUUUGGGGCGUUCUCAAGUAUACACUUCCGCAUGUACUCAUUUUAUGAAAACAGUGCAAUAUUUUCAUUAUUCAAAACAUUGAAUAAGUUUGUGCUGAUAUGAGGAAGUGUUGUGCUUUGUUUUUUUAGUGUAGAUAUUUAAAGAGGUGUUAGUGAAUUUGAAGAUUGUAAAUGAGUCUUAACUCUACAUAACCAACAGCUUGACCAAUGUUGUAAUGUUAAAUGACUAUAAAAUGUUCAAUAUUGUUUGACCCAACUUCACACAUUAGUAACUUUAGGCAUAAAAGCUUUUCUUCACAAAUAGUCAAAUGACAUUGUUUCUGCCUAACCUAAAAUUGUACAUGAUGAGUAUAUAUACAGAUAUAUUAUUAUUUUGUACCUAGUCCAUUGAUAGUCUUUGACAUGUUAAUAAAUGUGUACUUGCAUGUUGUAAUAUUGAGUCUUUAAGGUUCAGUUAUUUCUGUAAUGCAAAGUUGAUGUGAGUCAUGUGAUCUGUUUAUCCAAUCAGAAGUUGGGUUACAGUUGCACUGGGUUACACUCCAACUCUGACUUACAGGGAGAACUUCCACCAGAUUAAAGAGGUUAACUUACACCAAAAAUCAAAUGUAUACUUUUGUGAUGUAGUUGUUGUGAAACUUCAAUGUUGUCAUUUUCAUCUAUUUAUGAUUAUUGAUAUGAAUAAAGUAAAUUUCACGUGCAUAUGAAUAGGCAUUCCAGAAAAGUCAUUAGUCCAUAAUACAUACAUCAGUUGUUGGUCUUUACAUUUGAAAUGAUUAAAAUAUUCACUCUUUGUUCCGUUUUGGGGCUUUUAAUGCUGCUUUACUUAUUUCUUUUCCAAACACAAAUUGACAGAACAAGAAUUAGAUUUAUCAUGGUAAAUAUGUGUCAAAGAUUAUGUAAGCUCAAAUAGACAAGAAAAUUUGAGAAAACUUAGAAUACCAAAUAAAUAGGAUCAUAAGUUCGACCUUCAGAUGUAUACAGCAUUAAAUAUUGGUGUGGUGUCUGGCUGUGUUUCUAGAAUACAGGAUGAAUGGCUUUGCACUUAAAAUGCAAUAUUCUCAUCUCUCAUCCAUUUUCAUAUUUUUUCAGUAUCUAUUGUUAAGUAUUAAAGUCGUCAGCUUACAUGUAAUUAUUUUUUCUAUAUGCUUUUUUAUUUAAUAAUUCAUAUUUAAAGCUGUUUUGUACGAGAUUUUUUAUGUAAACUGUUAGUGAUAUUUGGUAAUUUCUAAGCUGUUUUGUGAAUACAGUUCAGUAGUUCUAAAUCGUUAUGAGCAAAACAAAAAAGACGAAAUCUAUCUACUGGUUGUUAUAGCAUUUAUUUAAUUGAAACUGAUUUCAGUUUGACAAAUAUUUGAACUGUAGCUUUAUGAUGUCUUUAAAAACUGUGUUGUUGUUUGCUUGGUUGUGCUGUGAAGAGUAUUGAAAUUAAAAUCUUGAAACUGUGUGGGAUGUCAUUAAAACAAUGGUGUUGGAAGACUGUGUAACAAUUGUUACUGUAGGACAAUGUUCAUUUCUUGUUUUAACUGUUACUGUAGGACAAUGUUCAUUUCUUGUCUUAACCGUUACUGUAGGAUAAUGUUCAUUUCUUGUUUUAACCGUUACUGUAGGACAAUGUUCAUUUCUUGUUUUAACUGUUACUGUAGGACAAUGUUCAUUUCUUGUUUUAACCGUUACUGUAGGACAAUGUUCAUUUCUUGUUUUAACCGUUACUGUAGGACAAUGUCAUUUCUUAUUCAAACCGUUUCUGUAGGACAAUGUUCAUUUCUUGUCUUAACCGUUACUGUAGGACAAUGUUCAUUUCUUGUUUUAACCGUUACUGUAGGACAAUGUUAUUUCUUAUUCAAACCGUUUCUGUAGGAUUUCUCUGUGUUGUUUGUGCAGUGAAAGAAGGAUGUUCAUUUUGUACAAAAUGUUAAGAAACAAGGUGUACACAUUUGUUCGACGUUGAAUAGAUUUUAUACCCAUAGUUGUCUAGGUUACUAAAGGAAGCAUUGAUUUGUUUUAUAUUACUCAAACUGGUGUAACUAAGGGAUGGGAAAUACAAAGACAUUUGUUAAAAAUGAUGGAAAUUAUAUUAACUUACUUUAAAACAAUCUUAUUUUAAAUCCUGUGGAUUUUACUCACUGUUUCCUUAUGCUUCAAUGUUAUGCUAGAUGAAAUUGUUUAAUUGUGAUCAACAAAGUUUAUAUUUCUUCUAAAUUUAAACAAAUUUUCAUACUAACCUGUUCCUGUAGAAAAAUCUGUUUUCAAUUUGAAGCCUCAGAUAUAUUGCUGAUAGAAACAACUCAAUCCAUAGUAGGUUAUUACUGCAGAACAUGUACAUGUAUGUAUGAAAGAAUGUUAUUAUAUAUAUAUUAUGUACAACCUAGUCAUCUAUGAUGAAAUAAAAUCUCAUAUGACUGUA